AUGACAACACGCAGCGAGCGAGAUAGGAUCUCUCGCUUUCGCCGCUCCCUCACAGACUUCUUCAGAUCGGUCAAACCGCAGCCUUCGGCAUCACAGGAGGAAGAGUGCCCUUCAUCAAAUCUUCCUGAUAGCCAACAUACUUCUUCCAAGCGAAAGGCAUCGGCUUCAGCACCUUCUUCGCCGCUGUCCUAUCGGUUCAAGCGAAAGCGUCCGGUCUUAACCCUACCUUCCUCACCCAGUCCCACUUCAGCCAAAGCUGUUGAACCGACAUCCACUCCCUCUGGGCCACUUCUUUUCCCUCCACCAUCAUCAACCCCGCCAUCUUCAGUUUCAAGGGAGACGGUAGUCCUUCCACCGACUCCCUCCCACUUCACUCAGACCUUUGACGAAGAGUCAGACUCUAGUCUGGGCAGUCGUUCUGACAGAAGCCGAUCAGUAUCCUCUGAAAGCAUCAACAGUCUGGCAUCUUCAGGGAGCCCUUGGGUUUCUGGGCCCAGAGAACGACGACAGGAUGUCGCAGAUGCUAAGCGAGUGUUGAAAACGAUAGAAGAACUCAAGAGCGGUACAUACGCGGUGAAAAAGGGUGGGCCUGGUGGAAAGUACUUGAUUGAGCGAACACUUCACUAUCGCGGCUAUCAGAAGUUAUGGGAAGAAUUGAGGAAGGAGGCACAUAAAGAGCUGCUAAAAUAUGUGGAGAAAGAAUGGUUUCGCUUCGACUAUAUACCCCGCCCUUGUAAAGGCAGCAAGCAGUUCGUGAUUCACAUGCCGUCUGUCUUUCACGAAGGCAUGGUUGGCGGGUUCAAUACGGAGAUUGUGAAAUGGCUGAGUGACAUUCAGACGGGGACACUUUGUACGGUUCAGAGCACCAAAGAUGAGACCAUGAAAGCCGCGACCAAGAUACGUCCUGUGACGGCAGCAACGGUACGGCGGGCGGGGCCUCACGGCGGCCGAAUGGAGCCAGAUCUUUCUUUCGUGUAUGAGGGCUGCACAAUUGCUGACCUAGUGGUAGAAGUGGCGUGGUCUCAGAGAAAAUUGAAGCUGCCAGAGAGGGCUAAGCGAUUUAUCGACUUGAAGAAGGGCAGAAUUCGAACUGUUGUCGGUUUGAAUAUGAUUGACAUCUACCGGGGCGGGCGCGGGGCGACAUUUUCGGUCUGGAGAGCCCAACAUGUUGGAAACAAUUGGAUUCGGACUGCAGUGGUUGAAAAUCAGAGCUUUCUCGACGAAAACGGACAAGCCGUCAAAGACUGCUCGUUGCAUCUCUCCCUCAAGGAUUUCAUAUGCGAAGAGCAGGAGCAUUUGCAGAAACCCUUUGAGGAUGUACCCCUCGAAAUCCCUUCGACAAAGCUUUAUGAUCUUUACCGACAGGCUUUCAUAGUUCAUGUGCUGGGAAAGGCAGAGGAAGAGAUGGACGAAGUACUGGAGAAUGCCGACGCUGCCGUCAAAGAGAUGCUUAGGGCGAAGAAGAUGAUACAAGAGCAAAAAGUGAAAGACCCCAGAAACCGCACAGUCAUGGAAAAGAAAGACUUGGCCGAGGUAUGGAGGGUGAUCUCCAAGGUAGAAGACAAUGUCAACAAGAUGAAGCACACGAUUGGGGGUGUGGAGGAGAAGAUGAAAAAGGUAGACGAGAAGCUGGAGAUCGUGGAGAGGAAGAAAGUCGAGGUAGAGAAGAGGGUGGCUGAAUUCGAAACUGAGAUGGCUGAAAUGCGGGAGGAGGCAGAAAAGAUGGUCGAAGCAGAGGAAGCAAAUGAGGAGGAGUCUUCUGAGCCUGAGCAUAUCACUUCAGAGAAGAGUGUCGCAGAGGCGCCGGAAAGUGGCACGCCGCGUGCUACUCAACCACCACCUUCGUCUCCACGAACCCCUGAGAAGUCGAGACGAUAUCGGCUUCGUUCGAUGCGACUAACUCCCAAGCGCUAA